AUGGUGAAGAGGUUCACCUACCACCGAGCCAUCGAGCAGGAUCUCACCGGUUGGGUCGAGGGUGAAGCCCAAGGCGAGGAAGACGCCAUCACGGAGUUCCUGAACCACCUCAACAACGGGCCGCGGCACUCACGGGUUGUCCGGCUGGACAAGGAGGACAAGGAGGUGGUGGACGGCGAGGUCGAGUUUGAGAUUAGGCAUUGA